AUGGAUGCUCGUCAGGUGCUGCAGAGCACCUUGUCGCCUGAUGCGUCAGAGCGUUCCAACGCUGAACAGCAGCUGGCUCACGCCGCGGAGGUCGACUUUGCUGUCUACCUCGUUACCCUAGGCCAAGAACUAGCCAACGAUACCACCCCUGCCCAUAUCCGUGUUGCUGCCGGUAUCGCCCUUAAGAACGCUUUCACUUUCCGAGACCAGGCCAAGCUGCGUGAAGUGCAGUUACGAUGGGCCACACAAAUCCCCCAAGAGACCAAGGGUCAGGUCAAGGAGCUUGCGCUCAAGACCCUGCACUCCGAUACUCGAGCCGGAAGUGCCGCCGCCACAUUGAUCGUUUCGAUUGCCUCCAUCGAGCUGCCUCGAGGCGAGUGGCCCGAUUUAAUGAACAUCCUCGUACAGAACGUUGCCAGCGGCAGCGACAACCUUAAGCAGUCAUCCCUCGCCACCAUUGGUUUUAUCUGUGAAUCUCAAGAUGCCGAUCUUCGCCAGAGCCUGACCGCACACUCCAAUGCCAUCUUGACUGCUGUUGUGCAGGGUGCUCGUCGUGAGGAACCCAAUAUGGAUGUCCGUUAUGCUGCUAUUGCUGCCCUCAGUGAUGCUGUUGACUUCGUUCGUACCAACAUGGACAACGAGGGUGAGCGAAACUACAUUAUGCAGGUCGUCUGCGAGGCUACACAGGCCGAGGAGGUCCGUGUGCAGGCUGCUGCUUUCGGCUGCUUGAACCGAAUUAUGGGCGCCUACUACGAGAAGAUGCGCUUCUACAUGGAGAAGGCUCUGUUUGGCCUUAGCAUCAUGGGAAUGAAGAGCGAGGAAGAGGAGGUUUCCAAGCUUGCCAUCGAGUUCUGGUGCACUGUUUGCGAGGAGGAGAGCGCUAUUGAAGAUGAUAAUGCCGAGGCCCAACAAGAAGGCGGCGAGGCUCGUCCAUUCUUCGGCUUCGCUCGCGUUGCGACUCGCGAGGUUGUCCCAGUUUUGCUGCAGACUAUGUGCCGCCAGGACGAGGAUGCCACUGACGAUGAGUACAAUGUUUCGCGCGCCGCUUACCAGGCUCUUCAGCUCUACGCUCAGUGCGUUCAGGGUGAUGUUAUCCAGCCUGUCGUGUCUUUCGUUGAGGAGAAUAUCCGCAACGAGGACUGGCACCGUCGUGAUGCCGCCGUCGCUGCAUUCGGUGCUAUCAUGGAUGGCCCCGAGCCCCAUGUUCUGGAGCCUCUGAUCAAGCAAGCUCUGCAAGUUCUGAUCGGUAUGAUGGAGGACAGCUCUAUCCAGGUCCGCGACUCCACUGCCUAUGCUUUGGGUCGCGUUUGCGAGUGCUGCCCUGAGGUUCUGGACCCCGAUGUUCAUCUGCAGCCUUUGAUCUCUUCCCUCUUCAACGGCCUUGCUAGCAGCCCCAAGAUUGCCAGCUCUUGCUGCUGGGCUCUGAUGAACGUCGCUGACCGCUUUGCCGGCGACGGUGGUUCUCAGACCAACCCUCUCUCCAAGCACUUCGAGGAGAGCGUCCGCUCUCUUCUUACCGUCACUGAGCGCCAGGAUGCUGAUAACCAGCUGCGUACCGCUGGAUACGAAGUUCUGAACUCCUUCGUCAUGAACUCUGCUCACGACAGCUUGCCCAUGGUUGCCAAUCUCUCCGAAGUUAUUCUUCAACGCCUCCAGCAGACUAUUCCUAUGCUGCAGCAGGUUGUCAGCACCGAGGACCGUAUCCUCCUCGAAGAGAUGCAGACUAGCCUGACCAGUGUUAUCUUGGCCAUUGUCCAACGAUUUGAAGUCGACAUUAAGCCCCAGGCUGACCGUAUCAUGUCUAUUCUGAUCCAGGUCCUGCAAAGUGUUGGUGCCAAGUCUAGUGUUCCCGAUGUUGUCUUCGCCACUGUUGGCGCUAUUGCCAGCGCUCUUGAGGAUGACUUCAUUCAGUACAUGGAAUCUUUUUCUCCUUUCCUGUACAACGCACUGGGCAACCAAGAAGAGGCCGGUCUGUGCUCCAUGGCCAUUGGUCUUGUCAGUGACAUUGCUCGUGCCUUGAACGACAAGGUUCAGCCAUACUGCGACAGCUUCAUGAACCUGUUGCUGGGCAUUCUCCGUACCUCCACCAACCAGCUCAAGCCAGCUAUCUUGGAGACCUUCGGUGACAUUGCUCAGGCUAUCGGCACUGCUUUCGACACCUACCUCAGCGUUGUCGGUGGUGUCCUCCAGCAGGCCUCCUCGGUCACCACUAGCUCUGAUCUGCCAUACGAUAUGGUGGACUACAUUGUCUCGCUGCGCGAGGGUAUCAUGGAUGCCUGGGGUGGUAUCCUGCUCUCCUACAAGGGUACACCUCAGAUCACCCAGCUCCAGCCCUUCGUCGAGUCCAUCUUCCAAUUGCUUCACAUUAUCUCCCAAGAGGGUAACCGAAGCGAGGGAUUGAUGCGCUCUUCCAUGGGUGUUCUUGGCGAUCUUUCUGAUGCCUUCCCUAACGGCGAGCUGGCUGCCUUCUUCCGUAACGAGUGGGUCACCACUCUUGUCCGCGAGACUCGCUCUACCCGCCAGUACAGCUCUCGUACCAUUGAGACUGCCCGCUGGACCCGUGAGCAGGUCAAGCGCCAAAUCAACAUGAGCACCGGAAUGGCUGCUUAA